AUGAAGUCGUCUCCGGCAUGGCGGCUCGGCAUUAAAGACAUGCAAAUAAUGCCAGGGUCUCGCCAGCGUGGUCCAUUGAGAAAGCCGACAUGGAUUAUUGUAUUGGUGUGUUUAGUUAGUUUGUUCCUGGUUUUUGCCUAUGUCUAUCCACCUCAAAAUUCAGCAGCGUGCUAUGUUUUCUCAUCUCGUGGUUGUAAGGGAAUGCCUCGUUGGCUUCCACCUUCACCUGUUAGAGAACUUACCGAUGAGGAAAUAGCUGCCCGUGUCGUAAUUAGAGAUAUUUUGAACAUGCCUCCUGCUAUACAAACAACGCCAAAAAUUGCAUUCCUAUUUCUCACACCAGGUGCAUUGCCAUUUGAGAAGCUGUGGGAUAAAUUCUUCCAGGGUCAUGAAGGUAGAUUCUCUGUCUAUGUACAUGCAUCCAAGGAUAAGCCUCUACAUUUUAGCCGUUACUUUAUCAACCGGGAAAUUCGUAGCAGCUCGGUAGUAUGGGGGAAAAUAUCAAUGGUUGAUGCAGAAAGGAGGCUUUUAGGACAUGCGCUGAAAGAUCCUGGGAACCAACAUUUUGUACUGCUUUCUGACAGCUGCAUACCACUUCGUGAUUUUGAUUUUGUGUACAACUAUCUCAUGUACACAAAUGUGAGCUUUGUAGAUUGCUUUGAGGAUCCUGGUCCUCAUGGAAGUGGCAGAUACAGUGAAAAUAUGUUACCUGAAGUUGAGAAGCAAGACUUCCGUAAGGGUGCUCAGUGGUUCACAAUGAAGCGGCAACAUGCUGUUAUAGUUAUGGCCGAUAAUCUAUACUAUUCCAAGUUCAGGGACUAUUGCAGGCCAGGCAUGGAAAAGGGACGCAACUGCUACUCUGAUGAGCACUAUUUGCCCACUUUUUUCUAUAUGCUUGAUCCUGUCGGAAUAGCCAACUGGUCAGUAACACAUGUUGACUGGUCUGAAGGAAAGUGGCAUCCGAAGUCGUACAGGGCACUGGAUGUGACGUAUGACCUGAUGAGAAAUAUCACAUCCAUUUCAGACAGCGUGCAUGUUACAAGUGAAGAAAAGAAGCAAGUCCAGAUCACACCAUGCCUGUGGAACGGGAAUCCGCGUCCGUGCUAUUUGUUUGCAAGGAAAUUUUUGCCCGAAACCCUUGACAACUUAAUCCAACUCUUCCCCAAUUAUACGUCUAUAUGAAAGAGAGAUGACUUGAGUACCAAUUCUUUGUGGAUUCAAGCGCAUCACACCCUUCGUCCCCGUUUCAGUUUUAACUUUCUGCUCUGGUAAAGCACUGGCUUCUUUCGGAUUGCAAGCGCGGGUAAGGUGGCAGAAAGUGAUGGGAAGUCGUUGAAAAGAAACUGAAGGCGAAGACAAGGCCGGUGUUGCCUCCUUGGGGACAACCAUUUGUUGUUUAAUUUUUCCCUCCAUUUGGGCUAUUUUUAUGUUAUACAUUGAAAAACUCUGGGGAUUUAGGGCACUAUCCUUCCAGCUGACCUUUUGUAUAAGUUGGAUAUCAAGUUGCAAAUAUAGCCUUGGCAGAUACUCUCUCUCUCUCUCUCAUAGAUUGUUUUGUUAAAAUUUUGUCAGGUUUUCUAUAUAGAAUGAAGAGAUUUUAAUUAUUAA